CCCUAGUGCUUGACACAUCAGUCAACCUUUCCCUCACAUAAACAUUACCAAUGGGUGAAUUUAUCAAUGGUGCCGUCACUCACGGUGUGCCUCUGAACGAAACAUCAGCCGACACAUUGGUAAAUCUUGCGACCAGGUUCGGCACUGAUGAGGAAACCCACCCCCGUCAAGAUGACACCGAUACCGAAGAUACCCCCGUCCCCGUCCCAAUUGCGAUUGUCGGAAUGGCCAUGCGACUGCCCGGGGGCGUGAGCUGCGAAAAAGAAUUCUGGGACUUUCUGAUCAACAAACGCGAUGGCCUGUGCAAGGUUCCAGAGAGCCGGUACAACAUUGACGUUUUUUAUGAAGACUCCAGACCGGGUGCGAUUCGGACACAGAACGGAUACUUCCUCAAAGAUGAUAUCAGGCGGUUUGACCCGGAAUUUUUCGGGAUCAGUAAGAUUGAAGCUGCGAAGCUGGAUCCGCAACAACGAAUGCUACUCGAGGUUACCUGGGAGUGUAUGGAGAACGGGGGGCAAACGGGAUGGAGGGGAAAGAACAUCGGAUGCUAUGUUGGUGUUUUCGGGGAGGAUUGGCUGGACGUGAAGAUACGAGACCCCCAGGAUCAUGACCGGUAUCGCGUUGUUGGAGCGGGCCCGUAUGCACUGUCUAACCGGGUCUCGUAUGAGUAUGAUUUGGGAGGUCCCAGUGUGACUAUACAGACAGCCUGUUCGUCGUCCCUGGUGGGGCUGCAUGAGGCAUGUCAGGCUCUCUACUCUGGUGAAUGCUCUUCUGCCUUGGUAGCUGGCACUAACCUCAUCUUUACACCGACAAUGAGCACGUCAAUGUCGGAUAAUAUGGUGAUUUCAAAGAGUGGUGUUUGCAGGACGUUUGAUGCGGCAGCUGAUGGCUAUGGAAGAGGAGAGGCUGUGAAUGCUAUCUUCAUCAAGCCUUUGGAUAAGGCACUUCGAGAUGGUGACCCAGUCCGGGCUGUUAUUCGCUCUAGCGCAGUCAACUGCGAUGGGAAGACUCCUAGCAUCUCCACCCCUGGGUCUGCAGCGCAAGAGAGGUUGAUCAGAAGAGCGUAUAAGAAAGCCGGACUGGAGGUGUCGUCCACUGCGUUAUUCGAGUGCCAUGGCACAGGGACGACUGUGGGAGAUUUGGCAGAGACGUCUGUGGUGGCUAAGAUCUUUGGGGAUAAAGGCAUUCACAUUGGAGCGGUAUGUGCUGUUAUUAGCGUUUAUUUAAUCAAGUUUAUUGUCCAUACCGAGCCCUAGAGCUAUGACAGACCAUUAUCCGUGGACUUGAGGCCGUUAGCUAUUCUACAGUCUCUUAUCCCUAUAAGUUCCUGGGGCACUAGCCCCCUUCCAGUGCUCUCCUUGUGUUUCGUGCGGAAUGGGUGCGGCCUAGGCUGACUCCAGCUUAGGCUACCCUUCCUGCUAUCCUUCUCCUGUUCGAAUUGCCUCCUCCAAUGCUUCCAAUCCCCAUUCAUCGUCCCUUUGGG